AUGGGGGACAGGACAGCUGCAGGUGGGAAUUUUGGGAGGGUGAAGGAACUGUUCUACAUCCUGAUUGUUUGCUGGCUAUAUGACUCUGUGUCUCUCCGUGUCGCCUGCUUUGGACCUCCAUCCUCGACUCGACUCGAAAAGGACCCCAACUGCUCCUGCUCCACCAGUGGCUCCUGCACAUGUGCCGGCUCCUGCAAAUGCACCUCCUGCAAGAAGAGCUGCUGCUCCUGCUGUCCCGCGGGCUGUGCCAAGUGUGCCCAGGGCUGCAUCUGCAAAGGCGCAUUGGACAAGUGCAGUUGCUGUGCCUGA